AGUCGUGGAGGCAUCGCAGCCGAGAAGCCUGGAGCGGCCGCGGCGGUAGUCUCCACCCCGGAUACCACACUCCUUCCCCCGGCUCAUAUAAAAGUAGCAAGACUCACAGGCCGUCCUCGGGCUGCUUUUUUUCUGGUUGAUGGUUAGACUGUGCGAGAGAAGGAUGAAGUUCCUUGUAGCCGUUACAAUCAUUGUGGGAUCGCUGAUUUUUCUCGCUUUCCCAAAUGGCUCAUCUGCUGACGAGAAGAAGAAAGGCCCCAAAGUAACUGCAAAGGUGUUCUUUGACAUGAAAAUUGGAGAUGAAGAAGUUGGAAGGAUUGUCAUUGGGGUGUUUGGGAAAACGGUUCCAAAAACAGUCGACAACUUUGUCGAGUUGGCGACAGGAGAGAGAGGAUUCGGUUACAAAGGCAGCAAAUUCCACAGAGUCAUAAAGGACUUCAUGAUCCAGGGUGGAGACUUCACCAGAGGGGACGGCACUGGAGGCAAAAGCAUCUAUGGAGACCGUUUCCCCGAUGAGAACUUCAAGCUUAAGCACUACGGCCCUGGCUGGCUCAGCAUGGCUAACGCCGGCAAAGACACAAACGGCUCUCAGUUCUUCAUCACCACUAUUCAGACCCCGUGGCUGGACGGCAAGCACGUCGUCUUUGGAAAAAUUCUGGAGGGGAUGGAUGUGGUGCAGAAGAUCGAAGGCACAAAGACAGAUGGCCGUGAUAAGCCUCUUAAAGAUGUUGUCAUCCACGAUUGUGGCGUAAUCACAGUGGAGAAGCCAUUUGCAGUGGCCAAGGAGUAGAAGAGUGCUGCUGAGAAAGAACAGGACUGGGGAGAAGAAGAAGGAGAAGGAGAAGGAGAAGAAGGAGAGAGAGCGCAAGCGAGCGUGCAGGCCACCUUGAUUUGUCACUAACAGCCCUGUGGUCCAAGAGAAGGGGUUUUGGGGGGGGGUCUGCUGUCUUAAAAGCACCAGAAGAGCAUUAACACCAAGCAAUCGUAACGACACUCUGGGUCCAUUUACCAACUAGCAUUCCAAGGUGCACUUAACUGUUGGAUGUUUUUGUAAAAAAAAUGAAAUCUGAAAUAAAAGGUUUCAAUUUUU